GUUUCGGAAAGUUCAAUCUACUAUAGCGUGGAACAAUGCAAUCUCCUGAACCUCACGCCUGAUGCUCAAAUCUCCAAAAUGGGCCCCCCGACAGGUCCUUAUGCAGUUCUCCAAAUUAAUUUCAAAUCUCCAAGUGGUAAAAAGACGAAAGUAGUUCCUCGAGAGGACUCAGACGAAGUUUCUUUUGAUCUCCUCAAUUUUGUGGUGAGCUUCGGUCAACCUCAGGAACCCCUCUCUGAUAUUUGCGAUUCUGCCUGGUCUCGAAGGAGCAGUACAUCUGAGUCCACUACCCCAUCACCAUGGGGACUAACAACAGCGGGAGCUUCGGCAACUUCCACUGGGCCUUGCACCAAGAAAGUUCUCAAUUCGACUUUUUCUACCCAAAUCGCAGAGGUCUUCAAAUUGGUCGACCCUCAGCAAAACAACCUUGUUAUUCUCCAACCAUCGACUAUUGGUCUUGCCCUAAACAAUAUCAAAUCAAGGUGGAUUGAUCAUGCCCGAACGCUCUACAAUUUCCAGCAUUGCAGUAAGGUAUCUCCAAGCGCAGAAGAGUCCACGAAAAAGUGUUUCCAGCUCCUCGCUGCCACGGCUGGAAUAACCCAAGAUGAUGAAGCAGUUGUAAUCUACUUCCAAAAGGCCUUGAGCCAACAAACCCUUCAGAAUAUCUGCCAUCCAAAUCGAACGCCCUCGGGUAUUUCUAUGGCUCCCUCGACUCGCAGUACUUAA